AUGGACAAACCUGUGCUGGUGGCCACUGUUGCACCUUUAAUUGGCCAUUUGACACAAUCUAUACAAUUGGCCAAACUGAUACUUGAGAAAAACAAUCAACUCUCAAUUUCACUUCUGGUCAUUAAGGUGCCUAUUGAUCCCCAAGGCACCAACAAAAUCCAAACCUUCAUCGACGGCUGCAAUGUCGAACGCCUCCAUUUCCACCAUCUCCCCCAACCAGAAAACACAGAUAGCUGGACAUCCCAUAGAGGGCUGUUCGUAAAUCAGCUACUAGAAUUUCAGAAACUUCAUGUCAGAGAAUACGUCUCUAAAAUCAAAGGUCUUUGUGGAUUCUUACUUGAUGUGAUGACCACAACCAUGAUUGAUGUAGCUGAUGAAUUUCAGGUUCCUAGCUAUAUUUUUUGCACUUCUGGUGCUGCUUUUAUUGGUCUUAUGCUCUAUGUCCAAUCCCUCCAAGAUGAUCAUAACCAAGAUACAAUUGAAUUGUUCAAAACAAGUAAAGAAUUGAUUGCACCUUGUUUUCUUCAACCAAUUCCUGUCAGCGUCCUGCCUAUUAUCAUAACUUUAUCUAGAUUAGGAUGA